AUGGAAAAUAUCGAAUAUAUUAGUGAGCUUAUAAGACUCGAAUAUCUUCAAUCUUUGUAAUAAAAUCGUGGAAAAUCCUUUGAAACUUUACAGAGAGAAGAAGAUAUAAUGAUCACUUUCUCAGAUCUAAAUGUUUGGUUUUUAAAUAAUGACUCUGAUAAAAUUGAUGAAAUUAAAUAAAUAUUUGACUCCUUAGAGCAAAACAAGCUUGGAAAGGCAAGCUUGAGGGAUUUCAUGAGAUUAUAUUCUUAAAAACUGAUGGAUUCUGUUCAAUCUAUUCAGUCUUAGUAAUUGAAAAUUUCAUCUCUUUAAAAUGUAAUUAGUAAUGCUUAGUGCAUUUAGCAUUAUUUAGCUGCUUGCGAAUUUCAAACAAGUGAAGAUUUAUCAACACGUUCUGAUUCAGCCUCUGAUUUAAAAAGAACAAAAGAAAAUAAUUACUCUGAUGAUAAAAAUUUACAAUAAAAUCAGGUCAAAUAUUCAAAAGAAAUUCUUAGAAAAAUGAGACUCUAAAUAAAAUUAAAAGAAAUAUUAAACAUUGACUUAAAGCCUUCAUUUUCUAACCCUAACUUGGAAGGUUAUAUGAUCGAAAUAGGGGAAGAAAAAAAGUCUCUAAAAAGUGGGUUAAACUGUCUUGAGGGUGCAACAAUUAAUUUCAGAGACGAAGUUAUUAACCUAACAAUAAGACCUAAGUGCAAAGCUAUUUUCAUAAAAUUAUACGAAGUUCUGGCUUCAUGCAACAAUUUGGUCGCCUAAAUCAUCAUAGACCCUUUUUCUUUAUUAUUCCACUAAUCUUUUAAUAAUCAAUCAUCUUAAUACAACAAUUUUAUUUCUACACCUAAUUCAAUUUUUCAUCUUAUCCCACUCUAAUCAAUCAAUAAUAAUAAUCAAAUUUAUUGUAACCUAUAAAUACAAGCUUCUGUUUUCCCUCUUAAAAGAGGUUCAACUACAAAUGGUGACUAAGUCGAUCUAAUUUCUGUUCUAUUCGAUGAAUAAGAAUGGAUAAACAGCAUUCUUCAAGCUCGCUCUGAUUAUAUGAGCGAAAAACUUAAUUAGGCUUUAUCGAAAUGCUCAAAAACGAUAACAAAUUUACACAGAUAUCUAAAACCAUUCAAAUCUAUAAAACUUGGAGAUAAUUAUUAAAAAUUUUGUUAAAUAUGA